UGGGCUUAUAACAGAGGGGCGGGGCUGGAGCGGCGCCGGCGCGCGGAGGGCGCGGCGCAUGCGCAGUGCGGGAGCGCGCCCGGCCCAGGCGAGUGUCCGGUGUUUUUUCCCCGUUCCCUCUCCCGCCAUGGCAGACCAGAGGCGUUUGGCCUUUUCCAUCAUCCAAUUCCUGCACAGCCAACUCCAGGGGGGAGCCAUGAGCCCCGACGCCCAGGAGAGCCUGGAAGUGGCCAUCCAGUGCCUGGAAACGGCGUUUGGGGUCUCCAUGGAGGAUCAGAGCCUGGCGCUGUCCCAGACCCUCCCCGAAAUAUUCCAGGCUGUGGCAGGAAAAGAGCUGGAAAAUUCCAGGACGAACUCGGAGCCGGUGACGCCCUCGGAGGACGACGUGGCCGAGGCUGAGAGGCUCAAGACUGAAGGCAAUGAGCAGAUGAAGGCAGAGAAUUUCGAGGCCGCCGUUUGUUUUUAUGGCAAAGCCAUCGAGUUAAACCCGGCCAACGCCGUCUACUUCUGCAACAGAGCUGCUGCCUACAGCAAGCUGGGCAAUUACGCGGGGGCCGUGCGGGACUGCGAGCGCGCCAUCGCCAUCGACCCGGGCUACAGCAAAGCCUACGGCAGGAUGGGCCUGGCGCUGUCCAGCCUGAACAAACACACCGAGGCCGUGGUUUAUUAUAAAAAAGCUCUGGAAUUGGAUCCGGAGAACGAAUCCUACAAAUCCAACCUCAAAAUCGCUGAACAGAAAAUGAAGGAGAGCCCCAGUCCGAGCGGCCCCGGCGGCUUCGACCUGGCCGGGCUCCUCAACAACCCCGGCUUCAUGAGCAUGGCCUCAAACCUCAUGAACAACCCCCAAGUACAACAGCUAAUGUCCGGGAUGAUCUCGGGAGGUCACAACGCCAUGGGAGCCACCGGGAGCAGCCCCUCCACCAACGACCUGGCCAGCCUGAUCCAGGCGGGACAGCAGUUUGCGCAGCAGAUGCAGGCGCAGAACCCGGAGCUCAUUGAGCAGCUGCGCAGCCAAAUCCGCAGCCGGACCCCGAGCGCCAGCACCGAGGAGCAGCAGGAGUGAGCCCCUGGAAAUUCCGGAUUUUCCUUUUCCAGCUGGGAGCCACGUCCGGGUUCCAUUUCUUGACUUGGAAGUGUCCAAGAGGGGGAAAAAACCCAAAACCAGAACGGAUAAAAAACAAAAAAAUUCCCAAAUCCUCCCGUGCCCUGCAUGUCACAAAAAUUCCCAAUUUUCCCCUCUGCUCCUCCUUUUUUUUCCCUUUUUCCCUUUUUUUUUGCAUUUUUUUUCCUCCUGGCAGCCCCAAAUCCAGAAUUUCCCACCCGGACUGAGAGAAUUCCGCUGGGAAAUUCCCAAAUUUCGCUGCCUGGGGGAGUUUUAUUCCAAAUUUUUGGGUUUUUUUCAUUUUUUUUGGAGGAUUUCCAAGCGAAUUUUUCAUUUUUUUCCCCCAAUUUUUCCCCUCGGGAUCCACUUCCAAGAAGUGUCGGAAUUCCCGGGAUUUUCCACCCUCUGGGAAUGAGGAUUUUGCUCCAAAUCCGGAAUUUUUGGGGAUUUUUUUCCAUCCCAAAAAAUCCUGGAAAAUCCCAUUUGGGAAAAAACCAACAAAAAAUGGGAAUUUCUCCCACGGAACGCGAGCAGGGGAGGGAGCCAAGGUGUUUUUAGUGUGUUUAAAGGAGUUUUUUCCAAAAUAUUUGGAUUUUUUUGGGAUUUUAAUUGCAUGUCUGCCGUGGGCCUGGCUGGGAUGGGGCGGAGGGAACCCAAAAUUCCCAAUUUUUGACCCAAAAAUUGGGAUUUGAGCUCCUGGAUCCGCCUCAAAUCCCAGCUGGGCGAGAGCAGAGGAAUUUUUUGCUUAAAAUCCAAAGUGGAUUUCAGUCCUGGGGGAGGAGGGAGCCCCUCUGGAAGAGAAAAACAAAAAAAAUCAUGGAAAAAAAAAGUGAUUUUUUUUCUUUUUUGGACGGUCGAGGCUCCGUGGAAUUCGUGUGGUUCGUGUCACUCGUGAGGAAUAAAAAACAUUUGGACACUUGGGUUGUUA